CAGUAGGGCAUAAAGGGCCCGCGGAGGGAUGCGCUAGGAUCUGCAGCACCGAGGAAGCGCUGAGCGCCGCCGGGGGAGCUGAGCGCGAGGCCCGCCCGCCGCUGCCGCACGGACACCCGCGUCUCCCGCGCUCCUCCCCCCGGAAAAAUAAUCCCAAUCCCCUCCUCCCUCCCUCCCUCCUCCCUCCCCCGCAGCGGCCGAGCCCAGGGCCCCGCGCGCCCCUUCUCCGCGCACCGCCCGCGCGCACCCGCGCACACACCGCACUCUCUCGCUCUCGCACACACACAAACUCUCUCUCACACACACACACGCACACAAUGGCGCUGAAGAGAAUCCACAAGAAGUUCCUUUGUAGUAUCUGGUGAGGAGUUGAAUGACCUGGCACGUGAUCCCCCAGCACAGUGUUCAGCAGGGCCUGUUGGAGAUGACAUGUUCCAUUGGCAAGCUACAAUAAUGGGCCCAAAUGACAGUCCCUAUCAGGGUGGGGUAUUUUUCUUGACAAUUCACUUCCCAACAGAUUACCCCUUCAAACCGCCCAAGGUUGCAUUUACAACAAGAAUCUAUCAUCCAAAUAUUAACAGUAAUGGCAGCAUUUGUCUUGAUAUUCUACGGUCACAGUGGUCUCCAGCACUAACUAUUUCAAAAGUACUUUUGUCCAUCUGUUCUCUGUUGUGUGAUCCCAAUCCAGAUGAUCCUUUAGUGCCUGAGAUUGCACGGAUCUACAAAACAGAUAGAGAAAAGUACAACAGAAUAGCUCGGGAAUGGACUCAGAAGUAUGCGAUGUAAUUAAAGAAAUUAUUGGAUAACCUCUACAAAUAAAGAUAGGGGAACUCUGAAAGAGAGAAAGUCCUUUUGAUUUCCAUUUGACUGCUUUCUAUGAGCCCACGCCUCAUCUUCCCCUGUGCACAUGUUUACCUGAUACAGCAGUGCUGCGUGUUGUACAUACUUGGAACAACAAAAUAGAAAUACUGUAUUCCCCGUACCAACAUUGACUCCUAGCAAAGAAGUGUGUGUGUGAAAAGCCAGUUCUUCAAUCAUAACUUAGUUGUGAGCCUAAAAGCAUUCCUUUUUAUUGCUCAGUUUAAAUCAGUGCGUCAGUGGGGAAGACUAGUGGAUUUCAUGUACUCCUAGGGGUAGUUUCACUUCCCUGUGGCAGGAUUUUUUUUAUUUUUUUAAGUGGAAUCCUUUUAAACUCAUAACAGUUAUGAAAAGCAAGGUGAAGAACUUGAAGCUGUUUCUGUAUUCAUUUUAUUCUGAAGGACCUACAUCUUAGGUAAAUGCUAUGACCAACAAGAUUAAACUGUACCCACAUCCUGUGUUUAAGGUCUAAGUUUAACUGGUCAUCGUUUAAAUGGAUUGGAGCUAUUAGUGCAUCAAGUGGAUGUUGAUUUGUUUCAACUCUUCUCUUCCCUUCCUCAUACUUUUUUGGUUUGUAUGUGGUUUCUCAGUUAAUACAUAGCUAAUAGCUCUUUAUUUUUUUUCUUAAGUUUUUUUUAACUGCUUAGGUCUUUCUGGAUGUAAGGGUAAAAAUUCAUUUGACAGAAAACUUGUGUAUAUUUAAAGACCCAACUGCUCCCCUGGAGCUUGUACGUUAAAAAAUGAUUAAUCUGUGUAAUAAACUGAUUACUACAGUCAUUACAUAUAA